CGCUGUGUGCCAGCGCCAGAGGCACCAGCAUGACUGCUCUCCGCUUCGCUGGGACCAAGGAAGGAUUCUGUGAGCAAGUGUCAGGGUAGGGAACGGCGGGGCUCGGCAGCGGACACUGUCCGGAGGGAGAGCCCCGGCUCCUGCCGGACACAGCUGUGCAGGAGAUUCUUUGGUGGAUUACAAUCUCAUCAGACUCCAACUUGAGAAGAAGAAUGACAGCUCAGACACUUAAACCAGACUUUUCACCAUCCUGGAAAGGAACUAGCUUCCAGAAUUCGGAGGGUUUUUGAUGCUCUACCUCCCUCUGCUGUUACCAGCGAGAAGUUCCUCGACAAUGGGAAAUCAUGUACUCGCAGCUUCGAUUUCCAUGCUGUCGCUGCUGGUGAUGAUGGGAGACACGGACAGUAAAACAGAGAGCUCCUUCCUCAUCGACUCCGACCCCAGCCGCUGCAUGAGGCACCACUACGUGGACUCCAUCAGCCACCCUCUCUACAAGUGCAGCUCCAAGAUGGUGCUGCUGGCCCGCUGCGAAGGCCGCUGCAGCCAGACGUCGCGCUCGGAGCCCAUGGUGUCCUUCAGCACGGUCCUGAAGCAGCCCUUCCGCUCCAGCUGCCACUGCUGCCGGCCCCAGACCUCCAAGCUGAAGGCCAUGAGGCUGCGCUGCUCGGGGGGCAUGCGGCUCACGGCCACCUACCGCUACAUCCUCUCCUGCCACUGCGAGGAGUGCAACUCCUAGGGACCAGGGGCAUGGCACACGGGGGACAAGGGGGUGCUGCUGUGGGGAAAGAGCCCCAAAAACAACCCAAGGCCGGGCUGGAGCUCCCAGCACAGGAUUGCAGCGAGGACAGGACUAACCAAGCUGGAUUGAAUCCGAGAGCAGAAGUACAAAAUAUCCUGGGUUGCUGGAUGGUGCUGGUGCCACACUGUGGGCUGUGAUAAAGGCGAAAGCACGAGGACUUGUUUUUUAGGAAGCCUUUCUUUUUUUCUGAAAGGAUAUUUUUAGAGAGUUUGUUCUUUUUCAGACUCGUCUCUGACUACAGAGAGGUGCUUUUACUUUAGGCCAUGGGCAGCAGAGGAAAAGAGGAGAAGGUCAGCCAGAUGACAGCACUGCAGUCUGGAAAGUGACAUUUGGACAGAGGAUGGGCAUCAGUUCCCACAGACAACCUCUUAACCUAUCAAUUUAUUCUCAGUUUUCUAGUUAUACUGGCCUUCAAAGCAAUCUGUGCUGUUGGCAAGGGUCAUCUGUUACUGACCUAGUGGCCAAAUGCUGGAUAACUUUAACUGUGGUUUAGCAGAAAUUACAAAUAAACCAUUGAAAAGUGAAGUGGA